AUGUAUGAAGUACUUUAACCUCAUAUUUUAUGGGGCUUUACAUCUCCAGUAUCAUUGUAGGUGAUUAAAUAUAUAUUUCAAUCUAAUUCAUAGUCUGGAAUUGGAUAACUAUACGCUGAAGCCAUUUUGAUUUCAGAUAAUAUAUUUAUAAAUUCUUCAGGAUCUAUUGGAGGAUGUUUUUCUAUUUUCUCGUAUGAUAAUACAAGCAUAGUAAUUUCAAAUAAUUAGUUUGAAGGAAUUUAUAGUCCAUUCCUAAAUGAAGUGGAAAAUGGAGGUGUAAUUUACUUAGAUGGUUCAUCAUCUUUAUUAAUUAAAGUUGAAAUUAAGAAUAAUAAUGGUCGCAAUAUAUUGUGUAGGGGACUUGGAGGUUUUAUAUUAUUGAAAUCUAACUCCUCCUCAUCAAAUUUAACAAUAACAAAUCUCCAAUUAGAAGAUGUAUAUUCUUAAUAAGGCUCUGCAAUCUAUGUUUCAUAUUCAAAAUAUGUAUAAAAACCAUAAAUUUUGAGCCACUAAAAUUUAAUAGUUAUCAACACUUAGGUAGGUUAUUUAAAAUUCUUUAAUAAAUUUACUGAAUUUCUAGUCAAUAAGAAAUAAUAUAUUUAAUCAAUUAUAUAGUUAGUAAUUAUCUAUCUACAAAAUAUUUUAAUUCCUAUAACUAAUUACGUCUCUUUCAGUAUAAUUAAUAAGAAUCAAUCACAAUACAAAAUUCCUCAUGUGGUAAACAAGGAUGCUUAAAUCUAGAAAAGUAGACAAGCUAAGAGCAUAGAAUUCUCGAUGAAUUUGAACUUUAUUCUUUACAUUAUGAGCUAGAAAUAAGAAACUAUAUUUGCUAGUAUAAUAUUUCUGCACAAGGAACUUGCUUAAAAUUACAUUCAUACCCUCAUAUAAAAUAGUCUUUUUUAAUUCAAUAAAGCCACCUAAGAAGGUGGUUCCGUUUUUGUGAAAGGAUAGAAAAACAUUUGA